AUGACUGAAAUCAAUGGGUUGAAUCUUAGCUUGAACAGGCCCUCUUUGAUGUACACAAGCAAGAUGUUAGAGAGGGAUCUUGCCACCGCACUAUCUAUCUUAGACACUGAGAUCACGUUGACAAAGCCUGCUUUGGCCCCAGAUGACCCAACUUUAUUGUUCUUGUUCGACACGAUGGAGGGUUUUAACAUGGUAAAAGAUCGUAAGCCAGUUGCACCAUCAGAACGUCGCUUUUUGGAGGCUGCAGAGGGCUACUGUGAAUUUGCUAGGAACCCCAACACUUAUGUCACAAAUGACAGACAUUCUUCCAAAACUCCAGUGCAAGUGGAACCAACGUCUGAUUCAGUGGGAGGGGGACAAGACCCCGAUUUGCCGUUAAGAAGUGAUACUGGACAAGAUGACCUACUUUCUCAAGAUAGGCAAUCUUGUUUAGAGAGACUUGUGCAAUAUUUUUCUCACCAAAUCAGUCAAUUGAUUGACGAAGACGCAAUCAAAGUUGUAUGUCAAUAUAUGUUAAACCACUCUGAGGGUGAUACACUCUGCCAACUUUCAAUGGAGGCUUGCAGGGUACUUUCGGAGAGUGGCCCUGCCUUGAUCAGUAGAACUUACGGCUCAAUCCUGGGGGAACACAAAGUCAUUUUGGCAGAGGUUAAAGCUGUAUUGGAAGAUCAGUGCCUCAUCAUACAAGGACAAACGCAAUCUCUUCCGGAGGAUAGUGACGAUGUAUACUAUUCGGCCGUUGACGAUGGUGAGAAAAUGGGUAUUGAAGAUGAUCCUCAUGUUCACUGCUCAAUACAACGUGUAGUAUCAUUGCUAUCUACUUUUGUAGCUUGGUCAGCUAGGACGGAUUCCCGGACAGGUUCCCGCGCAUCAAGCUGUCCAGACAAGACUGGAGGGUUGAGUAGACUUCCAACCGUGCAAGAGGAGGAAGUUGAGGAGUAUGUACCAGUGAUGUCUUCCAUUGUUACAGGACUGAGCCCCAUAGAAGAAGGAUGCAUGAUGUUUGUGAGAUACGCUUCAUGUUCAAUUUGGGCAGAAACAUCUUGUUUCAUUAUGCUAGAGCUUGUCCUCAAGAAGGUGAUACCUUGUUCCGGUCCCGAUGAUGACGCACACGGUCCAGAACAGAGAUACGGAGGGGUUUUGAAGGCGUGUGGAGCAAGUUGA